UGAGCGGGCAGGAAGAGAGGGGAGGGACGGGGAGCCUGGAGCGGCUCGGCGGGCAGGGCCGGCAGACACACACACAGAGACACACGGACACACAGACAGCGGCGGCAGCCACAGCAGGGACCGACCGUCCGUCCGUCCGUCCGUGCCCCCAUCCCGGCCAUGGGGCUCGGCCGGCUCCCCGCACCCCGCCGUUGCAAACUUCUCUUCAUGGCUUAAAUGGAUAUCAGAGCACAUCUUUCUGAUGGAAUGUACAACCCCAGAUGAUCCCAUCCUUCAAGAGCUAAAUUCCAACAGAAAGAAUACAAGAAUGCUUGUUUUAAUAUAUGGCUUGCUCUCUCACAAAACCUGAGUUUUAACUUCUGUGUGCAGAAAGGCAAUGGUCUGUCUUCAGUAAACCCUCAUCAGGAGAGGUCAGCACAGGACACAGAGAGGUGGAAGGAACUUCGAGGCACUGUGAGGAGGUGAAAGGAAAUACCCAGCUUGGCCUUUUUGAACCCUUUUGGGGAAGAUGAGACUUCUCCCUUAUGGCUGGAAGUAGUGGAGCUGAUCUGUUCAGCCUGAGCCUGGGGUGGUAACUGGCAGGCACCUGCUGCAGCCUUUCCUUUUUGCCUUACACUGGACCCUGCGUUGUGGGGGCAGAGCCCAAGGGGCAAAGAUGGUUGUGGUGAGGAGGAAGAAUGUGAAGAUGUUCACCUUCGCCUUUCUGCUCAUCACAGUGACGUCAUUUCUGCUGAACUACACCCACCAGGUGACCACGACCACCUGGGACCCCAGACACCUCGUUGUGCAGUUUUCAGAGCAUGUCCAGAAACUCUUCAAGUACCCCAGGAGACCCUGCAGCUGCCACACGUGCAUUUCGGAGCCGGGACAUUCCCUCUGGUUCGACCAGAGAUUUAACUCAACUAUGCAACCCUUCCUGACCUCACAAAAUGCCUUGAUCCCAGAAGACAGCUACAGAUGGUGGCUGAAGCUGCAAGCAGAGAAAGCGCCGAGGAGCUGGAACGCCACGCUGGCAGAGCUGUUUGGGGUGAUCCCCGGGGACGGGGACCCUCUGCAGGAGCGCGGCUCCCCCGGCUGCCGGCGCUGCGCCGUCGUGGGCAACUCGGGCAACCUCCGGCAGGCUCACUACGGCCACGACAUCGACUCCCACGACUUUGUGCUCAGAAUGAACCGUGCUCCCACUGCUGGCUACGAAUCAGAUGUUGGGAGCAAGACCACUCACCACUUUGUUUAUCCUGAGAGCUACAAAGAGCUGGCAGCAAAUGUGAGCAUGAUCCUGAUCCCCUUCAAGACCCUGGACCUGCGCUGGGUUGUCACUGCUCUCACCACAGGCACCAUCAACUUCACAUAUGUUCCAGUUCCAAGGAAAAUCAAAGUCAAAAAAGAAAAGAUCCUGGUUUAUAAUCCAGCUUUUAUGAAAUACGUCUAUGAAAACUGGCUCGAGCGUCACGGGAGAUACCCCUCCACAGGCAUUCUGUCUCUGGUGUUUGCUCUCCAUGUGUGUGAUGAGGUGAAUGUGUACGGCUUUGGAGCAGACAGCAAAGGACACUGGCAUCACUACUGGGAAAACAACACUUCAGGCGGGGCUUUCCGGAAGACAGGCGUCCAUGACGGGGAUUUUGAGUUCAAUAUAACUUUGACUCUUGCCUCCAUUGAAAAAAUAAAAUUUUUCAAGGGCAGAUGACCCUGGCCUCGGGGACAAAUGGGGGCUGCAAUUUCCAGCAUGCAGCAGAGCAAAGCUCAGUGAAGAGGAGGUGCCAGCCAGGUGUGAAUGCGUGGGUCUGGUGGAUUUGGAGCAUCUCACUCUGCAGGGAGCGAGGCCAGGCUUCCAGGCUGCACAUGAUUUCCUACCACAGAGAGCCGGGAGCUACCAAUCAGUUGUGGGAAUAAAUUAAUCUUAGGCUCGAUUCUUGAAUUACUGAUGAAAGAUCUGCCUGCUGCAAUUAGAGGAAGCCUGAGCACAGGAACUGCUGCCUGUGUGUCUGUUCUCUCCUCGAGCAAGGCAGGAGAUCCUUGAAGAAGAGUGAAAAUGACUUCUGGGACUUGAGAUAUCUGCUAAGGCAGCUGUGAACAUCAUAGUAAGGAUUACCUCAAAGAAAUGAAUUCACUUCUGCUGUUGAUUUUCUUUUUGAACCACCUCUUCUCUGUUCUCUUAUUACUUCUGGUUUUAUGCUGUAUUAAGGAAAAAACAUGAUGAAGUUGCCUGGAGGAGUAAAUAUUUCAACCAUUGCCUCAUUUUGCAUUGAUAGUGUCUAGAAAUACGAAUCAAGUCAUCUCAUGUAUUAUUUAAUAUUGCUUCCCACACAGCCAUAAUGAUGGAGAAAAUAAUACUGAAAACUCCAGGAAAAAAAAUGGCCUUUUUAGCCACUUGUCUGUCUUGCUUGAUUAUAUGUAAUUUUUGGGUUUUUUUGGUGUGUUUUUGUUUUUUGGGUUUUCUUGGUGGAAAAUAUUCUGGAAUGUUUGUUUUUUUAUUUAAUCAGUUUAAAAUUGGGAAGUGGACUUUCUUCAAGUCAUUUAUAUGUGCCUUUUAUAAUUGUGCAACAAACGUGAUUUUUUUUUAAGAAGACAAACCCUAAAUUAAACAUUUUUGUAAAAGGGGGAAAAUUAACCAAAGUUUAGCUUCUGUCUGGUAUGCUUUUGUAGUCAAAACCAUUAAUAACAAAUCCUAUAUUGCAUUUGAACAAACACAAACAAGACAAUUUUUAAAGGUAUCUUUUACCUUUUUUCAUGGAAAAUAUUCAAAAGUCCCAAGGAAAAUCUUCUUCUUAAUUUUUUUAGAAGUUUAAAAAUGCAGCAUCUCUUUACAAGGUCUCUAUCUAAAUGGAAAAAUAAAAUCAUGGUUUCAGAUAUUAA